AUUUAUAUAUGUAUUAAUUUCUUUAUUUUUAUAGGGAUUUGGGAGGAGGGUUUUGCUGUAGAUUUGCAACCAGUUGAGGUUUUUUGCUCCUCUGUUGUUAUAAAGUGGAUUUGGGAUGGCACAGGAUGGUGGGUGGUGAGGACCUCUGGGAUCCCUGCUGUCCUCCACCCCAAACCCCAUAUUUUCCCUAAUUUUCCAUGAAAUCCCCACCUCUUUUGGAGCUGGGCUUUGCAGCCUGUGGUGAUAGAAACCCUUAAUGGUGGGAAAACUGCAUGGAAGGGAGAGGAGCUGGAUGUGAAUUUGGGGGGGUGAUGUCCUUACAGUGUGGCAGUGUCACCUCAGUGGGGACAGGGAGAACAGGGGGGCUUUUCUUUCCCGUGCUGAUCAGCAUUCAGCUGGGAAUGCCAAACACAGCUGCAAGGAUGCUCCUGCGGAUCCGGGGGGACUUUCUCACUCGAGGGGGCUGAUUGUGCUGCCCCAUCCGUCCCUCUCACAGUCACGUCUGUCCCCCAGCAGACUUAUUUCCUUUUUCUUGCUUUCCUUGUUCUUUGUACCCUCCAAAUCCAGAGUGAUGUCCCCAAGGCUUUGUCCCCACGCAGCCAUGAUGAAGCCCAAGCCAUGAUCAGGGACAUCCCUCCCUGGGCUGGUGGGAUGUAGCAGGGAGGAUGCUGCAAAAAAGGGAGUUUUAUUGCUCUUUUUAUUGCCUGAAAAGUGCCAGGAGAGCCUUGGAUUAUUAGAAAAAAAAAGAGAGGAGAUGAAAGAACUUUUAUUAUCUUGGAAGUCAAGUCAUCUUAAGCAGCUCAGAACCACAAACUGCCCUUUUCAAAGAAAAUCUUUGCCUGUGUAGGUACAAACGCCCAAGAUUUUCCCCUUUAAUCCUCAAACCUCCCUAAGAACAGAAUGGAUGGAGCAAAAGGCUGGGAUUUUAGUAACAGGGCGGCUAUUAACAACACUUUGUGCCAGGGAAGGAUACAUUCCUUUGCCUGGAUCCUGCUGGAGUUUCACCCUGGCAAGAGCCUUUCAUGACCCGAUUUUUGAGGUUAAACACCAGUUUCUGCCUGGACUGGGGUGUGUUCCCUAUUGAGGUGACCCCAUACCAUGGCUGGGGGGUAUCCAUGGGAUCCAUCCCAUCCCGAGCCGUCCCAUCCCGCACAGCCCGGCCGGCGCUGCCCAGAUAAACACUGACUCAUGUUAUUCUGUCCCACCCUGGGCACAGCAACUUUUUUAAGGCUGCCUUUUCCAGCUAUUCCUUUUUUUCCUGUGCUGUUCACACGGGGCGGGGGAUGAAGCCUUAGCUGAGAUGUCUGGAGCAGCCGGGAAUGCCGAAGGCUGCGAGUCCCGGCUCUGUGCUGGUGAAGCAGGAUGUGUCUGAGUGCCGCGGAUGCAGGUAGGGAUCAGGCUUCCCACCACUCUCAGCCUUGGGGAAGAGCCCCGUGCCUCAGUUUCCCCCAUGGGGACUGGCUGGGCCCCUCCCUUUGCACUGGAAACCCCCAGCUCAUCAGGAGAGCUUCCAGCCUGGAUCCUCACUGGCAGAAGCCUGUGCUCAACCUGCUGCUGCUUCUCCCAUGGCAUCCUGCAUCCCUUUCAGCCUGUUGGAGCAGGACUGAGGGAUCAGGGAUGGUGGCAGGGCUGGGACCGUGGCCAGGAGCAGCUUUGGGCAGGCCAGGGCUCAGGGUCUUGCACUGGUGAAGUCUAAGCUCCCUUUUGAUGGGCUGGUGGUGGAUUUACACCCGGGAGUAAAUCCCAGUUGGGGCUCCAUCCUGGGCAUCCCGGUGGGGAGUGGGAUGCUGCACAGCAUCAUCCCUGCAGCAGCUGUUGCCAUGGCAAUUUCUGGCCAAAACAAGGGGGAGUUGGAGCUGGGUCCCCAGAGCUGCUUUCCCAUUCCUUUUGGUGUCUUGCUCCAUUGAGCCCUGGCAAUUCCCGUGUGGGAGUGGGAGCUGGAUCCCAGCAGGGAAGUCCCUCCCAUGUAAGCCUGGGCUGGAAAAGUGUGGGUGCUGAAGGGAUGGAUGGGGGUGGCUCCAGGUGCCAGCCUGGGAUGGGACCAGCAUCCAUCUUCCCUGUAGCAUGAGAUCUGGCCCAUUGAAUCCCUAGGGAUGCUUGGAAUCCAGACUGCAGGGUGGGACUCAAACUCAACCAGAGCAAUCAGCCCCCAUGAGACUGAGACCGGCAUCCACAUGUCCCCAGGGACAUCCCUGCCCUCCAGGCACAUCCAGGACUGUGCCAGGGCUCAGUGGGGGCCGGUAUCAACAGGUUCAGGGGGACAUAGAGAUCCUGUUUUGCCCCGUGCCCUUCCCAAAACUCCUCAGCUGAGAGACCGCUUGUUCUCCCAAACAUCUGUUGGCAAUUCCCCUCUCCCGGGGAGUGGGGCUGUGCCGGGGCUGCGUGGGCAGCUCCUGUGCCUCUCACCCGCCGGAGGAAGUGGGUUGGGGUUUUCGGGUGUGCUGGGAGCUCGGAAGCCGCUGCUGGAAGGAGGGAGGGAAGUGCUCGAAGGAGAAACAGGCGGAGCAGCUGCACGGGAGGGGCGAGCAGAGCCCACCCUGACACCCACCUGCUUCCCAGGGGAUUGUUCGUCCUGUCCCCGGGUGUCCCUUGCACCCCGCGGGUGCUGUGGGGGGACAAGCACCAACCCAGGGGCACCCCCAGUUUCCCCAGGGCUGCAGACUCGGCACAAGCAGGUCCCAGCCCGAUUUCAUUGCAUGAUGUGGAUAAAAGUGUGAUGCACUUUGACAGCUCAGGAAGGACUUGAUGUGCUCAAAAGCUGCUCUGCUGGUUUGAUUUGAUUUGCUUCUACUUUUAUUCCCGCAACCUGUACCGGUUCCUCCAGUAAAAAGUCUGGCCCGCGGGCACUGAGAGGGCAGGAGGCGGUGCUGGCAGCCUGCCCAUCCCUGUAAAUCCCGGUGCAGGGCUCUGGCACUGCCCGUGCCCGGUGGUCCCUCCUGCCAGGGUGCCGAGCAUCCCCUGCCCUCCCUGUGUCCCUGGCAGGCGAAUCCAGCUGAGCUCCCCCCGUUUCCCCACUCACAUCCGUCUCCCGCCCGUCUGGGUUGGCCACGGAAGAGUUUUCGCCCAGAAAAGCUGGAUUUGAACAUUUUCUGCUGUUCUCUCCGCUUCCUGUUGCCUUCCCAAGAACAACAUCCCUGACCUCAUCCGCGGGAUGCUGCCCAUGUGCCGCCCGUCGGGAAUCCCAGCCGGCGCCCCGGCUUGGGCUCGGCCUUCCCUGGGUACCAAGACAAAUACAGCUGCGGGAAUGUCGGACCAAGAGGCUAUUUUGGGUAAAUCCUGUGCUCAUUUUUGUUGAGGUAGGAGGACACAGAUGAAUAGACUGAAGGGAGAACAGUGGUUUUGGCUCGAGCCGGGAAUUUUCAUCCCGCAGAGCAGCGAUGAAACACUUGUAGUAUUAUGUGUUGUUUUUUUUUUUUUCCCCAGACUUUGGGUUUUUUUGCUGUGAGAAAUGAGGAGGUUUCAUGCAGCUGCCCUUUCCAUUUUGGGGAGGAUUUCAGGGAGGCAGGUGGGAAUUUGCUGGAUGAUUUUCCAGUGGGUUUGGGCUCCCGGUGCCCAUCCUGCCCCUGAGCUCUCCAGAGCCAUCUGGAACAUUCAUGGUGGGGUUGGCAGCUGCCUGCCCGCUGCUGUGGGGUUUGGGAUUGCUGCUUAUGAGCCCUGGAGACAAACCCAUCCUGUGCCAAAUCCCAUGGGGAAAUAGAAUCCUGAUGUUCCUGUUGAUCUCUGUCAUCCUCAUCCCAGCUGGGGACUGAGACCAACCUGAUGCCCAACAUGGCGGAGCAAAAUGAAUAGACAAGAUAAAUAAUCUAUUAAACAGAACUUUGGAAUGUCUGAAAGUCUUCAGGCUCAGCAGUUAAAAAUAAUAAUGAAAAGGAGAUUUUGUGUUAAAAAUAUAUAAGUGGUCACAGUGAGAAGAGGAGACUGUGAAGCCUAGAAAUUGUUCCUGCCCACCUGGAGCAGGGGCUGAACGUGGGGUCUGGGUGACCCUGUGGUAGUGAGGGGUGGUGGUCCAGCCCUGGUCAUCUCCCAUCCCACAGGUGACACCGUGGUGGAACUGGGGCUCCGUCCCUAGGCCUGUGUGGAGGGAGCUGCCUUUGUGCUGUGGGACACUGAACCACUGCCUCUUCCCCAUCCUGCUGGAGCACGGCCACCACACCAGAGAGGAGAGGAGAGGGGAGGUGAGAGAGAAACAUCACCGGCUGGAGAUCCUGGGGCUGCCCAGGCCGUGAUUUAUCCAAAUAAUGGCCCUUUCCAAUUUGUCCAAUUUCUUGGAUGAUGUCGAUAACUACAGUGACUACCAGGAUUACAUCUACGAGGACGUGACCAGUGUGUGGGUAGACCCGUCCCAUGACCCGAAGGACAUUGCAAGGAUCCUCUCUGUCAUCAUCUACACCGUGUCCUGCGUGCUGGGCAUCCUGGGCAACGGCCUUGUCAUCGCCAUCAUCACCCUGAAGAUGAAGAAAUCAGUCAAUGCUGUCUGGUUCCUCAACUUGGCCGUGGCCGACUUCCUCUUCAACAUCUUCCUGCCCAUAAACAUCGCGUACACGGCCAUGCGCUACAACUGGAUCUUCGGCACGGUCAUGUGCAAGCUCAACUCCUUCCUCCUCAUCCUCAACAUGUACACGAGCGUCCUGCUGCUCACCACCAUCAGCUUCGACCGCUACAUCUCGGUGGUUUUCCCCGUGUGGUCCCAAAACCACCGCUCGACCAACCUGGCGUAUUUAGUGUGUUUGAUCAUCUGGACCAUCGGCAUCAUCAUGAGCUGCCCCUCCCUUGUCUUCCGAGACACGGCACAAACCCGAAAUUCCGUGAUUUGUUUCAGCAACUUCUCCCUCUCCAGGAACAAGUCUUACCAAGCCCUGGCACUGAUGAGGCACCGCACAGUGAACAUCACCAGGUUCCUCGGCGGGUACAUCCUCCCCAUAACCAUCAUCACUUUCUGCUACAUCGCCAUCGUCUUCAACCUGCGUCGGAACCGCCUGGCCAAGUCCAAAAAGCCCUUCAAGAUCAUCGUCACCAUUAUAGUCACCUUCUUCCUCUGCUGGAGUCCCUACCACCUGCUGAACCUGCUGGAGACAGAGCCGGGCAUGGUCCCGCCCUCCGUGUUUGAGGUAGGCAUCCCCAUCACCACGGCCCUCGCUGCCUCCAACAGCUGCAUGAACCCCGUGCUCUACGUCUUCAUGGGCCAGGACUUCAAGAAGUUUAAGGUCACCAUCCUUUCCAGGUUGGUGAAUGCCCUCAGUGAGGAGACAGGCCACUCCAGCAUCGUUCACAGGAGCUUCUCCAAGAUCUCUUCCAUGACUGAGAAGGAAACAACAGUGCUCUAAAUUCAACCUGGUGCCUUCAGGGGGGACAUAGUCCUCUGGUAUUGGCCAUGUCCUCCACUGGGAUGCUGGCCUGGCCACCACUGUAGUGGUCCCUGAUGUGGGACAAACAUGGUCCAACACUGUCCUAUAGUCUAUUCCUUGACUGGCGUUGCUGCCUGGAGGCUAGAAGGGAUUGGAGACCACCACUAUGUGCACGUGGAGAAGACACAACCACCCUUAAUCUUUGUCAUUGCAAAGACUGUUGCACCAAACUAUUUAAGGAAACACUUCAGGGUGUUCCUGUCUAACCUUUGCACUCUCUGACCUGGGAAAGGCAUUCCUGGUGUUUCCAGAGACAUUGUGAUGGGGUGGGGGACAUGUGUGGGAAGGCACCUCCCAAGAUGUGUGGUGGGUGGGCACCACCACAGGUGACACCUGCUAUGGCCAAACUGGGGACACUCCUCUCCUGUGUCUCUGUUUGGCUACUUGUGUUAAAUCCUGAGGUAUUUUGGUACAAGUGCAACGUGUUUGUAACUGUUGGGAGCACUUUGCACCCCAAGAGGCCCUGGGAAGUGUCCUCAUACCAGCUUUGAAUACCCCACCUCGAUGAACUGGGAAGUCUCAAAUGUCUCCUGAGUGAUCCAGACCCAGGGGGUGGGGACUGGGCUCAUGCACAGGGUCACUGAUGUGGAAAACUGAGAAAAAAAAGAGGGAAAGAUCAAUGUGAAGUGUGUUUUGAACAACUCUCCCUUUGAUGGGCACAUUCCACACGGUACAUUUUGCAGAGUGAUUUGAUGUUUGGGACCAGGAGUCCCAGUGAUUCCUUGCAAAGGGCCUGAUUGGCACCAGGGAAUGGGUCCAGGGGCUGGGAAUGAGCUCCUGCAAAGGACCUGCUCUCCUCUCCUGCAUCCAGAUGGCCCUGGGAACUGGCUCCACUGACGGCAGCUCCCUGGUGGGACUGAUUGGUCCUAUGGGAUGAUUUUCUCUCUUCCAACCAGGCAGCAAGCCCAUCUUGGGAGACUCUGGGAGUCUCGUGGGAGACUCUGCUGCCACACACCAAUCUCUGAGGUGAAGGGUGGGCUGAGCCACUGUCUCCAUCCAAUUUCACACACAGUUAAUCUGGGAGCUCCUUCUCCAUUAGGGCUUCUUGACUACGACACCGGUGUCACGCUUAUUUAUGUGCUGGUUUCUCCGUGUCACCCACAGCUUCUCUCUCCCAGGAAAGUAAGGAGCCCUGGGAGCUGGGUUUGGGCAGCCCCAGUGGCACCAGGAACAUUUCAGGAGGUCCCCACAGGAGCUUUGCGCAGGGAUUGACACGCUGGCAAUUGAAAGUCUGCUCACAGGUGCCCACAAAGGCUGAAAUAUUUAUUUAUAGCAUUUCUUGAAAAUCAGAAAACAGAAAAAAACAUGAAGAGGCAGCUCCCUGGCAGAGGCAGAGAGCUAUUUACGGGCUCCUGGUGGCAGCAGAUCGUGCCAGGCAGGUACAAACGGAACCACAAAGCCCCGGUAAUUGAGCUGCCGCCCUGAGCUGCGGGAACGCUGCGGAUCAGAGCGGAUGCUGCAGCGGGAGCUGGAUUUCAGAGGGAUUAUCAGGCAUCCCCUCUGCCCUGGCACUGCCUCCCUGCUCUGCCUUGAUCUGCAUAACCUCGUUAGUGUGAUGGGGAGAGGGGAACAGCCACACCAUAGGAGCUGGAUCUAUCCUUCCCUGGGAUGAGGCUGCCUGCAGCAUCCGUGUCUUGGGACAGGGAUCCUGAUGGAUCUGGUGUGUUUGGAUGAGGUUUUGGUGCUGCUGAUGGUGUGAGUUGUGCUGGGGCAAGUUUGUCCCCGAAGCCAGGGCAGAGGGGUGACCUCCUUCCCACCACUGUGGAUCCAGUCUGCUAAAAGUGGGAGAUUUAUCCUGAAAAUUAAGAAUAUCCUGCCUGAGCCCUGAAGGGAAACGCAACAGGGAUGAGGUUUAUAAAGGAAAUUAAUGGGAAAUUAACAUAAAAUUAGUGACUUCAACAGUUGGAUGCUGCUCUCACUACGCAGGGGGCUGUAGGACACGCAGCACCUGGCUCCAGGUGUUUCCAUAUCUCCUGGGAGCUGGGAAUUAGCUGCUUCCCCAGGGAGCAAUGCCACAUUCUUGGCCCACACCGUGUCCUGUGGUCAAGCCCAGGGCUACUCCCAGCCCAAAUCCACAUGUUUUUUUCCCCUAAAACCAGUGCACAAUCCAUAACCAUGGCAGAUGCUGGAGCAGGGAUGCUCCUCACUAAUUUUGGUGGCUAGAUUUUGCAAGCCCAUCUAUUAUUCCUGCAAACAGCUUUCCAAAAAAAACAGUGACUUGGUACUUAACCUGGGGUUAAAUCAUCACUAUAAUGACAGCUUGGGAAUCCCAAGUUUCCCAAAUGUUUGAGUUCAUCCUUGUAGUUGUUUACUUAUUUAAUAAAAGAACCUGUUUUCCAUACAAAUA